AUGAGCAUGGAGCAUGGACAAACUCGCGUAGGGAAGGAGACACGACCAUUCAUGCCUCCAGGAUCAGUAGAAACAUGCAAUGGGCCGAGUAGAGAUAUUAAAAGAAAGUAUCUAGCUCAGAGAAUUAUUGAUGGGCUCCAAGUGGCUAAUGCAGUCCAGCACAUUAUGAAGGAAGGACCAAAACCGGUGUAUGAAUCUAAUGAAGCAAGCCCAAGUAUUGUGCAAUCCAAAAUUUCACUUAAGCCCAGUGACCGAGUAGCAGUUAUCAAGCCCAGUAAGCCCAACCCGCAAGCUUCAGUUAAGGGUAAGAAGGGCUUGGCACGGAACAGGGCAUUCCAAUCUCCUUCUCAUUCUAAUCGUGCUAGCGCUGGUGAGAAAGAGAGUAGAGCUGGUCCGCCUCUGUUCAGAGGUGGGUGUAGCAGAGAUCACGAUGCCUCUUUGAAUGGAGAGAAGUGCGAUGGAGGGGAUAGCGAAAUGUCAGCGGAGGGGUCCAAUGGUGAAGAUGGAAGGGAGGAUUUUUCUGAUAUGGAAAAUUCUGACAGAGUGGAGAUUACGGCAUUAGCCAACACUGAACAGGAGAUUCAUACCGUGGUAAAGGUAGGAAACUCUAACUCCAGCUGGUUGUUUACUGCAAUUUAUGCUAGUCCUAGAACUGUGGAAAGACAUGUUUUAUGGAAUAACUUAAUUAAAGUUGCUGAGAUGCAUGAUAUGCCUUGGGUGUUAGCUGGUGAUUUUAAUGAGCCUUUAAUGGAUAGUGAUAAAUUUGGGGGCAAGGCGGUUAGUGUUAACAGAUCGCUUUUUUUUAAGGAAUGUCUGGAUAAGUGUAGUAUGAUAGACAUUGGGUUCUCUGUUCCGCGCUUCACGUGGACAAAUAAAAGAAAUAUUCAAGCUCUCAUUCAAGAGAGGAUUGAUAGAUUUUUUGUAAAUCCCAGCUGGUGCCUUAUGUUCCCUGAAGCAAAAGUGGUUCACUUGACUAGAUGUCAUUCGGACCAUUGCCCUGUGCUUCUGGAAAUGCAGCCUAGAGUUGUUGUUAAUAGAAAGAAACCUUUCAAGUUCCAAACUUGUUCGUUGUCUGACCCAACCUUUCCUAAUUUAGUCUCUCAAUCGUGGAGACACUAUCCUAUGCUUGCGGAUGCUAUAGAUUGUUUUACUAAAGAGGCAGAGAAGUGGAAUAGAACGCAAUUUGGGAAUGUGUUUGCUAGAAAAAACAAUAUUAUGGCUCGCCUAAAUGGUAUUCAGCGGGCUGUAGCGAUUAGACCUUCAAAUUUCCUCCUAAAUCUUGAGAGUGAGCUGCUAAAAGAGCUUGAUAAUGUGCUGAACCAGGAGGAAGAAAUUUGGGCUUUGAAGUCUAGAGUUAAUUGGAUGAUUCAAGGAGAUCGUAAUACUGCCUUUUAUCAUGUCUCUACCUUGGUUAGGAGAAAAAGGAAUCAAAUUUUGGCGAUUAAAGAUUCAGUAGGGGAGUGGUUGUAUGAGGAUGAGGCAAUUAAAAAUGUAAUUAGGAGUGGUUUCAUCGAAGUGUACUCCUCCUCUCUCUCUAGUGCUUCUGAGUCUAUUCCUUUUACCACUACAUGGCAAGGCAGAUUGUCAGAUGAGGAAAAGGAGAGUAUUAGUGGGGAUGCUUCAGUGGAGGAAAUUAAAAAUGCUUUGUGGUCUCUAAAGGCUUUUAAGGCUCCAGGGCCGGAUGGCUUGCAUGUGGGGUUCUUCCAUAGAUUCUGGCUGAUUGUUGACAACUCGGUGAUUGAUUUAGUGAAGAAAGUUUUUGUUGAGAGGAAAGUGCCAGAAUUCUUGAAUAGGACCCACAUUGUCCUUAUUCCAAAGAUUCAAGGGCCGGAGACUUUGGGUAACUAUAGGCCUAUUAGUUUAUGCAAUACAGUCUAUAAAGUGAUUGCAAAGGUUAUUGUUGCUAGGCUUAGGCCUUACUUGGAUAAGCUUAUAUCUCCUCUUCAAACUGCCUUUGUGCCAGGGAGGAAAGGCCAGCUUAUUCAAGAAAAAUGUGAGGCAAAAAGGUGGCAGCCUGUUAAGGCUUCUCAAAGUGGACCAUCGUUUUCGCAUUUAUUUUUUGCGGAUGACUUAGUCCUAUUUGGGAAGGCAGAUGGGAGGGAGUGUGCUGUUAUUAGAGAUGUCCUUGAUGAAUUUUGUAGCAUAUCGGGGCAAUUGGUGAGCAUUACCAAAUCUAGAGUGUACUUCUCUCCUAAUGUGGAUAGGGAUACAAGAGAAUCGUUAUGUGAUAUUCUUGGGUUUGCUUCCACGGCAUCUCUUGGCAAAUAUCUUGGGUUUCCCAUCAAGCAGCUGGGUUCCAGUUCCCAAGAUUUUAAUUUUGUCCUAGAUAGAGUCAAGCAAAAAUUGUCGGGGUGGAAAGCGAACUUGCUAUCCUUGGCUGGCCGGGCUGUUUUGAUUCAAGCUUCCUCGUCAUCAAUUCCUUCCUACGUUAUGCAAGGCACUUACUUACCAGGGAGAAUUUUGGAUGGCAUGGACCGGGUUAAUAGAAAUUUCUUAUGGGGUUCUUCGGAGACUACGAGGAAAAUCCAUUGGGUUGGUUGGCAGAAAGUUACAAAACCAAAAGAUAAAGGUAGGCUAGGAUUGCAAGAGGCAAAAGGCAGAAACACUGCUCUCCUUGCCAAGUUGAAUUGGAGGUUACAUACGGAGGAUGAUGCUUUGUGGGUGAAAGUGUUGAAAGGAAAAUGUUGUAGCAACAGGAGACUAAAUGCUGUCAAUAUGGAUAGACUGCCUUGCUCUCAGAUUUGGAGAGCCAUAAAAAAGGGUAGAGAUACCUUCAAUAAAGGCAGCAUGUGGGUGCUUCAUAGAGGCAGUUCUCUUAACUUUUGGGUGGACAAUUGGACUUGUAAAGGCCCUAUUCGCGGCCUCAUUCAUGGUCCUUUAACUCGUGAUGCAAGCCAAUGGAAGAUUAAAGAUGUCUUGUUGAGUGGAGUUUGGGAUUGGAACCGAAUUCCCUUUGAGCUUACCCCUGAAAUUAAAUUGACUAUCCAAGCCAUUCCUAUUUCCUUAGCGGAUGGAGGUAGGGAUAGGAUUGGUUGGCGAGGUAAUGCUAGAGGUUGCUUUGAUCUCAAAAGUGCCUAUUCCUUUGCUAGAGAGGUGGAUGAUGUGGAAAUUAUAGAUGCUGGUUGGAUUUGGAAAUUAGAAACUCUCCCAAAAAUUAAGACUUUCCUAUGGAGAUGUGUUCACAAUAGCAUAGGAGUGAAAGAUUGUCUUGCUAGAAAAGGCUUUAUGGAUGAUAAAGGGUGUCCCGUGUGCCAUAGAGAACUGGAAACCAUAUUGCAUGCCCUUAGAGACUGUCCAAGGGUAAAGCAUAGAUGGAGUCAGUUGGGUGUAAAGGGAGAUAGUAGUGUUUUUUGGAGGAGCAAUCUGCAUAAUUGGUUGCAAAACAAUGGGAAAGGGAGCUGUAGUACUAUUCAAGGGAAGCCACCAUGGAGAAUCAUGUUUAACUUUGUUGUGUGGAGCAUUUGGAAGAGCAGGAACUCUUGUGUUUUUAAUAGAAAGAGCCCAAAUCCGAAUCUGCAUAAGGAGAUUUAUAACCAAGCUACUGAGUUCAUGUUUUGUGUAGCUUCUCCUCGUAACCAAGUCCGUAAAAUCAGCAAGAGAAUUAGAUGGGAAAAGUCGCCGGCAGGAUGGAAAAAGUUGAACACAGAUGGAUCGGUUUUAGGGAGUAUGGAGAGGGCUGGCUGUGGAGGAGUAGUUAGGGAUGAGCAUGGGAGUUGGAUUGCUGGGUUCACAAGACAUGUAGGAGCAACCAAUAGUUUUGCUGCUGAGCUUUAG